GUCCUCGACCGCCGCAGGAGAGAGGCUCCAGGCUGCUCCGGGGGUCUCGUCGCCCCGGGUGCUGCGCAUCAGACCGGUGUCUACAGGCGGUGGUCCUUUCCCACUCGAGACCGGCGUCCCUGGGGGUCUUCAGCGGCGACCCCAGCCAGACGGAGUGAGGAGGGCCGGCGGCGCGGGCUGGUCUCUCCACAGAUCGUGGUUCCUCAUAAAUAAGCCUGCUCACACGAGAUAAGAAAAGAGUUCUCGGAACCAGGAAUUCGUUCUCAGUGUAGAAGACCUCACUCCGGAGCUCUGUUACAGAAUCAGAAGAGUCACACAAUAGAACAGAUCUCAGACUUGCUAAUCAUUUUGCACAGGCAACAGAAAAUGACCACGUUACAGGAGUUACUCUCAUUUGAAGACUUAUCUGUGGACUUCACCCAAAAGGAAUGGCAGCUACUGAAUCCCUAUCAGAAGAAUUUAUACAAGGAUGUCAUGUUGGAGAACUAUAGCAGCCUAGUGUCACUGGGGUACGAAGUUAUAAAACCAGAUGUCAUCUUCAAGUUGGAGCAGGGAGAAGAGCCAUGGAUAAGAGAUGCAGAAAUGCCAAGUUCACCCUCUCUAGAAGUCUGGCAAGUAGAUGAUGACAUGAUAUGGCCCCAGGAUAACCAAGAUAAGCUUAAAAAUAUGGGAAGAGAACACGAAUAUGGUGCAUUUGGAAAAAAUUUCAGUCUGAGCAUGAACUCUGUUUCUUUAAGUAAAUCAAAUGAUGAAGGUGACUUAGAUGGAUUGAUUUUAAAGCAUCAUUUAGAUUUGCUUCUCCCAAAAGCAGAUUAUGGAAAAACAGAAUCAGAUGACUUUAAUAUAUUUGAUAAGUUGUUUCUGCAUUCCAAGCCUGAGGAUGCUGAUUCUUGGUUAAAGUUCUAUGAAUGUGAUAAAUAUAAAGAUACCUAUAAAAAGUCACAAAUUAUCAUAUAUCACAAAACUCGUUUAGGGGAGAAACUCUAUGAAUGCUGUGAAUGUAGGAAACGCUUCACUAAGAAAUCAAGUCUCAUUAAACAUCAGAGCAGACAUAUAAGAGAAAUAGCCUAUGGCUGUGGUAAUUGUGGCAAAACCUUUCCCCAAAAGUCUCAAUUUGUUACACAUCACAGAACUCAUACAGGUGAGAAACCUUAUAAUUGUAGCCAGUGUGGGAAAGCCUUCUCCCAAAAAUCACAGCUCACAUCCCAUCAGAGGACACAUACAGGAGAGAAACCAUAUGAAUGUGGUGAGUGUGGGAAAGCCUUCUCCCGGAAGUCACACCUGAUAUCACAUUGGAGGACACACACAGGAGAAAAACCCUAUGGAUGCACUCAGUGUGGGAGGGCCUUUAGUGAAAAGUCGAAUCUGAUUAAUCAUCAGAGAAUUCAUACAGGAGAGAAGCCUUUUGAAUGCAGGGAUUGUGGAAAAGCCUUCAGCAGGAAGUCACAACUCGUUACACAUCAUAGGACUCAUACAGGAACAAAACCCUAUGGAUGUAGUGAUUGUAGAAAAGCCUUCUUUGAGAAGUCAGAACUCAUUAGACAUCAGACAAUUCAUACUGGAGAGAAGCCCUAUGAAUGCAGCGAAUGUGGGAAAGCGUUUAGAGAGAGGUCAAGUCUCAUUAAUCAUCAGAGAACCCAUACAGGAGAGAAACCUCAUGGAUGCAUUCAGUGUGGGAAAGCCUUCUCUCAGAAGUCACAUCUCAUAUCCCAUCAGAUGACACACACCGGAGAGAAGCCCUUUGUAUGCAGUAAAUGUGGAAAAGCCUUCAGUAGGAAAUCUCAGCUUGUCAGACAUCAGAGAACUCAUACGGGAGAAAAACCCUAUGAGUGCAGUGAAUGUGGGAAAGCUUUCAGUGAGAAACUAAGUCUCACUAAUCAUCAGAGAAUUCACACAGGAGAAAAGCCCUAUGUAUGCAGUGAAUGUGGGAAAGCAUUUUGUCAGAAGUCACAUCUCAUUUCCCAUCAGAGGACACAUACCGGAGAGAAACCCUAUGAAUGCACCGAAUGUGGGAAAGCCUUUGGUGAGAAGUCAAGUCUGGCAACUCAUCAGAGAACUCACACAGGAGAAAAGCCUUAUGAAUGCCGGGACUGUGAGAAAGCCUUCUCCCAGAAAUCACAGCUAAAUACCCAUCAGAGAAUUCACACAGGAGAGAAACCCUAUGAAUGCAGUCUUUGUCGGAAAGCUUUCUUUGAGAAGUCAGAGCUAAUUAGACAUCAAAGAACUCAUACAGGAGAGAAACCUUAUGAAUGCAAUGAAUGUAGAAAAGCCUUCAGAGAGAAGUCAAGUCUCAUUAAUCAUCACAGGAUACAUACAGGAGAGAAACCUUUUGAAUGCAACGAAUGUGGCAAAGCCUUCUCUCGAAAGUCACACCUUAUACCACAUCAGAGGACACAUACCGGUGAGAAACCUUAUGGGUGCAAUGAAUGUAGGAAGGCUUUCUCUCAAAAGUCACAGCUUGUUAAUCACCAGAGAAUUCAUACAGGAGAGAAGCCUUAUCAGUGCGGUGAAUGUGGGAAAGCUUUUUCACAGAAGUCACAGCUCAUUAACCACCAGAGGACGCAUACAGUAAAGAAAGCCUAGGAAUGCAAUUAAUAAGUCUUUGAUAGAGACCAUACCUCAUUGUACUUCAGAAAAUGCAGUUACGGUAGAUUUUCCAAGUAAUCACAUCUUGUUUUAUAUCAGAAUACUAUGUCAGAGUACUCCUUUAGUGUAGAAAUUCUAUAAAUGUUAUGUAGGGAAAGCUUGCAGCAGGUAAGCAUGCUUAUAUAUCAAUUUAUGAACGUAUGUAUGCAGUGGAUUUCCAAAAACCUUUCAAACCAUAGUAAAGCCUUAUACAGCAGAAAGUUCACAAUAAAGAGGAAUAGUGCAAGUAACAAAGCCUUCAAGAAGGCAAAUCUCUUAAGCUAUUAGACAUACUUUCAUUGGAGUGAGGGAAAGCUCGAAUACAGCAAAUGAGGCAAUAUUGUUUAUCAAGAAAUGACGAUUAUUCAUACGAGAAUGUCAGGAAUGAAAUUCUCUUAAAUACUAAAUAUGGAACAAUCUGUCACCCAACUAUGUUGUAUUUUUCAUAAUUUAUAUUAUGGAUAAACCC